AUGACAAGGGCAAGGUCUGGAAGAAACAUGUGCGAGCAACAUCAAGUUCUGACAUUAGGAGGAACUGGGAAACUGUCAUGGAGAAUGAUCAAGUGUAGCUUACACCAUUUUCCUCUAUGUGAUGGGAUAUGUAUCAAUGGUGUUUUGUAUUAUAAAGCUGUGGUCUACGGGUUUGAAAAGCGUUAUGGGAUAGUUUGCUUUGCCAUUAGGUCUGAGAAGUUCGAGUUUAUCGAAAACCAAGUCUUGUCAACGGACAUGGAUAAAUUCGCUAUACUCAAAUGGGACGAGAAUUUUGCGAUGGUAAGAAGUAAGAGUUUUGAGUUGUGCGUUCUUGAAGAUGCCAAAAAACAUGAAUGGUCUACGCGUACCUUCGUGCUGCCCGCUUUGUGCAACGAUAUAGCUGCAGAUGCUAAGUUAUGCCUUGUUGGAGUCAUCAGAAGAUGUGAAAUCGUCUUGUCUCACUCAAUGGACCCAUUUUUCCUUAUCUACUACAAUCUCGAGAGAAACACUCUCACAAAAAUUGAUAUCCAAGGAAUGGAUGCGGUUAAGCAUUGCAUAGUUCACACUUUUCUAGAUCAUGUAGAGAAUGUGAAUCUUGAGGGAGUGUUUAGGACAUCAUAA